AUGUCCAAUCUCUAUACCUCAAUUGGACGACCUUCAGAUAUGAAAUGGCUUGCCAUGGGCGCAAACAUUAAAUCGUUUGAUGAAGCCUCGAGGGAAACCUUUAUCAAGGAAGUUGAGGCAGCGGUUGGACCUGAAGGAUUCAUGAUUUUUCUUGAAUUAAACCACGGCUCCUGGCUCCCCCUCUUUAAUGUCAACUCCAAUCCACAGCUGGGACUCAAACGUAUCAUACUCGGCAAUCCACUAAUAGCUGUUACUAUGCUUUCUCAAUCCACCAAAUCUCUCGACGCCGGACUGUUUGUACCCGUGGAAAUUAUGGUUCGUGAAUUACCAGACGGGGAAGGAACGGAAAUCAUAUGGCAAGUACCUAGUACUAUGAUUGCUGCUGUAGAUGAAGGCAACAGUGAAUUAUUAGCUGCAGCGGAGGUUUUAGAUAGGAAGUUGGAAGAGUUGAUUAUUGCCAUUAGCAGUCGUGCGUAA